AUGUUCUGUCUACGAAGCUGGCUACCUCUCUUAUUCAUACCAACCAACGCCUCACCACUCUUCAUCAUCUCGUUUGUUGCCUUAACGUACAUCAUCCACCGGCCAUGUAUCUACUGCUCAGCACUACUCCUGAUUCUCUUCGUCUCGUCAUGCCAUUGGUCUGAUCGCUGCAUCUUUGACCUACGGAGCAACUGGUUCGCUCCACGAUACAGCUCUGAACCUAGUAACUAUGGUGUUGUCUCAGGAAACGCAACCUCUGAAGCAACAGUGCCCGGUGAGGGCUUGACGGAGUUCGUCUUCGAUACUAUGAAUUCCACCGCAAAAGCCCUAGCUAGUGCGGCACUGGAGAGCGUGCAGCAGCGACUUUCCCCCGGUGGCUUGGAGUCAAAACCCGAGGAGUGGACGGGAGUCGGGUUGGAAUGGAUGCGCAGCCUCUUGGGGAGACGGGAGUGGACUCUUCCCUGUGUGGAUGUCAAGGUUCGGCUGUAA